GCAGCACAGCCAGCGGCAGCACCCGGACCACCAUGGCAUUCAGCACCCGCCUCGCCUCGUCUCUCUGGCCCACCCUGGCAGCUCUGCACUGGACAGCCCCCAGGCAGUGCCGGGGGCUCAGCACUCCUCAGGGACCAGAGCCCUCACUCGACCUCAGGGGCAUCUUCCCACCCCUCGCCACCCCCUUCUCACCCAAACAGGAGGUGGACUAUGCCCAGCUGGAGGGGAACCUGUCCCGCUACGCCAGCAUCCCCUUCCGAGGGCUGGUGGUGCUGGGCUCCAAUGGGGAGUAUCCCUACCUGGCGCCCCGUGAGCGGCUGGAGGUGGUGAGCAGCGUGCGCCGGGCUCUGCCCAGGGACCGCCUGCUGCUGGCCGGCUCGGGCUGUGAAUCCACCCAGGCCACCAUUGAGAUGACUGUCAGCAUGGCAGAGGCGGGGGCUGAUGUGGCGCUGGUUGUGACACCCUGCUAUUACCGGGGGGCCAUGACCAGUGCUGCCCUGGUCCAUCACUACACGGAGGUCGGUGAUGCAUCCCCCAUCCCUGUGGUGCUCUACAGUGUCCCGGCCAACACCGGCCUGGACCUGCCCAUGGAGGCUGUCAUCACCCUGGCUCAGCACCCCAACAUCAUUGGGAUCAAGGACAGCGGUGGGGAUAUCACCCGCAUGGGGCUGAUGGUCCACAAGACAAGGCAGGAUGAUUUCCAGGUGCUGGCAGGAUCAGCUGGCUUCCUGCUGGCAAGCUAUGCUGUGGGUAGGUGCAGCUGCCCCUCCUUGGCUGGGGGCACAGGGUGGUGCCCUGGGGACACCGGCAGAGACUGUGCAUGCGGGCAGGGGGAGGCAGGUGCAUCUGGGGGGGUCUGUGCCCUCGCCAACAUCCUGGGGGCCCCCCUGUGCCAGCUGGACCGCCUGUGCCGUAAGGGCCAGUGGGAGGAGGCCCGUGACCUGCAGCACCGUCUCAUCGAGCCCAACACAGCAGUCACCCGCCAGUUCGGAGUUCCGGGGCUGAAGAAGGCCAUGGAGUGGUUUGGCUACUACGGUGGUCCCUGCCGUGCACCCCUGGCCCCACUGAGCCCUGUCCAGGUUGAAGAGCUGAGGAACACCUUCAGCACCAAUGGCUGGUUGUAAGAGGUCCCCCAUCUUCCCCUUCUCACACUGGGAAGGCACAGGAGUCAGGGACCCCAGGAACGGGGGACAUGGUGGGGACACUGGGACAUGGCUGUGCUGGGCAGAGCGGGUAAAGGGGGCAACCCCUGGCCAGCCUGCAUCCCUGCCAGCCCCCAGGGGCCUGUUGUUCUCACCUGGGAAGGGGUGGAUCCUUGUGCCAUGAAUAAAAUGGCUGUCCUCCCUC